UGGGCUCAGGGCAGGAUCUGGCCCCAUUCACGCCAUCCCAUCCCAUCCCGAACAUUAAGGGUACGAGCAGGUGGCUUCUGAAAUCCGCGUCUCUCGACCUCCACCCCGAGGUCACCGGAGAGACAGUCUCUCUCCUCGGAGGCCCCUCCCAACCUCACCCAUAUUCACCCCCUGCGCCCUCCUCCCUUUCCUCCCUCAGAACCCGAGCUCAGGGAAGACUGACAGCUCCUGACCCUGUAAGCUUUAAGCGAAGGCAUGAAACUUCCAGGGUGGUGUCAGAAGCACAACGGAGCCAGUGCAGAAGGAAUUGGAGGAUAUUAAAAUGUCUGACGAUGCUGGUGACCCUUCAGCCACUGGAGACAAAGCAGAAAUUGCCAAGAUGCCCAAGAAUGAGUUUGUGCCCGAAGACACAGAAGCACACUGUGAUUCAGCUAUGAUUUCAGAUGAGCCGACAACAGCUGAUGGCAGAGAAGAUGGGCAUGAAAAUGCCACUGUUCAGGGUGCAGAGACUACUGACACUGGGCAGCAUGAGCAGCCCCAACACACCAGUGCCAUGGAGCUCCCCCUCAAUGGAGAAGUGACUGAGGAUGCACUUGUUGAAUGCAUUGACUCUGUCAGCUUUGAGGCAGAACUUGGAUCUGAAAUACCCCUGAAAGACCAGAGUAAUCCGACUGUGGAUUCACCUUCACCUGGAGGGGGAUGGGCAGGCUGGGGCUCCUGGGGCAAAUCUCUGCUCUCAUCAGCAUCUGCUACAGUCGGUCACGGAUUGACAGCAGUCAAGGAAAAAGCAGGGGCCACCCUGCGGAUUCAUAGCGGAAACUCCAGCUCUUCCGAAGGGGCCCAAUCUGAUGCUGGAAGUGGAGGCCCUCGGACAGAUGUGGCCGCAGAUCAGAGCCCUGCAGAAAGCCCACCCGCUUCUGCCUCCGGGUCUCGGGGUGUGCUGUCAACCAUCACCAACGUGGUUCAAAACACAGGUAAAAGUGUCUUAACGGGCGGUCUUGACGCUUUGGAAUUUAUCGGUAAGAAAACCAUGAAUGUCCUUGCGGAGAGUGACCCAGGCUUUAAGCGGACCAAGACACUCAUGGAGAGAACCGUUUCCUUAUCACAGAUGUUAAGGGAAGCCAAAGAGAAAGAGAAACAGAGACUGGCCCAGCAGCUCACGGCUGAGAGGACUGCACACUAUGGGAUGCUGUUUGAUGAGUAUCAAGGUUUGUCACACCUGGAAGCCCUGGAAAUUCUAUCCAAUGAAAGUGAAAGCAAGGUUCAGUCAUUUUUAGCAUCACUCGAUGGAGAGAAGCUGGAACUCUUAAAAACUGACCUAAUUUCCAUUAAAGACAUCUUUGCAGCCAAAGAAUUAGAGAAUGAAGACACUCAAGAACAAGCCUUAGAAGAAAAGGGAGAAGAAUUUGCUAGCAGGCUCACAGAACUUCUCUUUGAAUUACAUGUUGCAGCCACACCUGACAAACUCAAUAAGGCCAUGAAGAAGGCUCAUGACUGGGUGGAAGAAAAUCAAGCUACAGUGUCAGUAGAUAUGAUGGAAGAGUCGGAGGAGAACACUAAAGAGGAAGAAAAGGAAGAGAGACCAGAAAAUCCCAAAGAAGAUAAAAAAGAAGAAACGAAAACUAAGACAGUUGAGGAAGUAUAUAUGCUAUCCAUCGAAAGUCUGGCAGAAGUAACAGCACGCUGUAUCGAGCAGCUUCAUAAAGUAGCAGAAUUGAUUCUUCACGGACAAGAAGAGGAAAAACCAGCGCAGGACCAAGCAAGAGUGCUGAUAAAAUUAACUACUGCGAUGUGUAAAGAAGUGGCCUCCUUAUCAAAGAAGUUUAUGAAUUCUUUAACCACUGUUGGGAGCAACAAGAAGGCUGAGGUCCUUAACCCCAUGAUCAACAGUGUAUUGUUAGAGGGCUGCAACAGCACCACGUACAUACAGGACGCCUUCCAGCUGCUGCUGCCUGUCCUGCAGGUGUCACACAUCCAGACCAGUUGUUCAGAAGCACAGCCGUAACCUGGCCUAGACUCCGUCUAGUUAAAAAAGCAGGCAGGUCACAGUGCUUUGAUACAUACCAUUUCAGGGGAUGUUUUCGACACCUCUGGCCCCACACGCCCCAUUGAGGACUCUACACGCAAUUUUUGCACGGACAGUAUGAAGAAUGCAAUAGAGGGAAUAUCAUUUCUCUUAAUGUAUAUGGCGGUUUUCACAAAUAAUUGUGUUUUCUUUAUAUUAAUUUAAAUGUACAUGGCUUUAUCUUAAUAAUUUCCUUUGAUUUGGAGUUCGGUCGCCAGUAUUCAUUUCCAUUUUCCUGGUCAAGCAUGCUAUGUUUUGAAAUUCGUGAGCAGAUCUUAGACUUUUUUUUUAAUCCUUUAAAUACCCGCCUCUCAAUUUCCCAUUCUGAUAGUAUUAUUUUAAAUCAAUUAUACUGAACCUAGUUUUGUCACAUAAAUAUCAUAGGCAAAGAUAACACUACUUAUAGAUAUUACCUAUUAUGGUAAAAGAAAAACAGUAAGUAUCUCUUUAUAGUAACUCAUUCUGAAAACAAGCUUUCUUUGAGCUCCUACUGUGUGCUCAUAAUAGAGGAUCAUGAUCUCAACCCAGUAGAGACAAACACUGUAAGUAUCUCUACACCGAACCUGGGGCUCAGACUUACAACUCUGAGAUCAAGAGUUGCAUGCUCUACAGACUGAGCCAGCCAGGGACCUCUAGAUAGAUGCUCUAAAAGAGGGUUUUUAAUAAUUCUUAAAAUGCUUAAAAAUACUAAUGUAUAUUCUAAACCUUAAAAAAAUUUGAAGAACAAAGUAAACUAGUGGUUUUUUUUUUUAAUGUUCUUUCAGCGUAUUAUUGAAUUUUUCCACAUUGCCUUGACUUUUUGAUCCCAAACUUUAGAUUUGGGGUGAAAAUAUAUCUGAAAAAAGGGGUACUAAAGAGUAUUCCAUUUAAACUUGACUUUUUAUGAGCAUAAGUGCAUGAUAGCAUAAUUACAAAGCUUGGAAAUAUCCAAAUAGAAAAUUAAAGAGAUUUCAACACAGGAGACCCUUAGACUGCAUUUUUUAAAUCUGAGGCAAGAUAUUCUAUAAAUACACAGAUCACACUCACCAAUGGUAAAUACCAUCAUUGUUUCUAAAGGGCAGAAAAUACCAAUGCAUGGACUGACUGACUGGUGUAUUGAUCCAUGAAAGGCUGCCCAGAAGACCCUGCAGCCAGGGGAGGCAUUGACUGUCAGUGGCCACUUCUCCUGAGCUCCCUAAGUUCAUUGCCAGUGGGGGUUCAUAUACUCCUCCUAUUUCAGAGCCCCAUCAGCAACCCUACAGGAAUCAAUCAUCACAAGAUGUUUUGCUCCAUGGCUCUCUCCAAGGCAGAGGAAGCUUGUACUCUUAGAAGGGUAAAAAUCCUUCAUUCACAUUUGCUUUAAUUCUCCUGAUGGAGUGGACAGCCUUUUUCCCAUAUAGGCAAGGUGGGACUAUUUUAAUAUUUUCCUGUGUCUUAUUAGCAUUUUAUUUGUCUGCAUUUGUUUGUGUAUCUCCUGAACCAGCCAAAUAGAAAACAUAAAAACAAUUAUUUACAAUUUGGAAAAGAAUUCUCUGAGGAAUCAAUUAAAGAUUCUUUCUUCCCCCCUCUUGCUUCCUGAUUGCCUGAAAUGUUUCUGAUAGUAAGUCGAGAGAACAAUUAACUAAUGAAAAUGUUGAUUUUACCUCUGUAAAUUUUGGACGUAACGUGUAUAGAGCAGACGAAAGAACUUACUUAGAUUUACAGUUUCUUCACAUGAGAUUUUUUAGCAUCAGACGAAUUUAUAGAUGUUAACUGGAAAUGUAAUAGGACCAAGUAGUUUCAAAGGAGCUAGAAUCCCAAAAAUAGACUUUAAGCCCAACUGCACCCAUUUAGUUUAUAGCAACAUUUUAAAUCACAAAAUGAAACAGUAAUCUGCAGAAUAAAAGAGAUAAUUAUCCUUUAAAAACGUAGUUGACAUUAUUUACAUUGCACUUACAUAUCUUUCAAUGAUAGAAUAUCAAAGGUUGCCAGGUAGAAACAUAGGCUGAGAGCUGAUUCCAGGGGCCUUCCUCAAUGGUCUAUGAAUUACAUUAUUUAAGAGAGAAUAAUCACUUAAAAUAUAUCCACCCUCCAGGACUGCUCUUUCAAGAAUGCUGUUUCUCAUCAUCACUUUUAAAUAAUUGCUUCUUUGCUUUGCUUUAAAACCUAGCAAAGUGCGGGAUCCAGGUCUGGGCAAACGUCAAUCAGUUUCUGAAUGAAUGAUUUAGCAGGCUUACUUGGGAUGUUUUGUAUCCCUUCAAUAAUCCUUUACAUAAAUUGGGUUCAUUUCACUCUAUGCAAUUACCCUGAACAAAUGUACCAGUUUUUUCUCUUACAUCAAGUGCAAAAUAAGUUCUAGUCUAAAUAAUGAAUGUAGUCCUAUGCCUGUGCCUUAUUAAAUAUAAAAACAUCAAAAGCAUAUUUCCAAUUCAAAGCAAAAUGCAUCCAAGAAAAAUUGCUUUGGGGUAUUGAUACAUACAGCUCUAAAGGGUAAAAUUGAGUCCCAAAUCUUAAAGCAGAGGCCUAGGCUUAAAUAUUCUAUCCCACCGAGAACAGAAUUCCAUCUUCUCUCUGGGUCUCACACUGGGCUGCACAUCAAGCUCAUGAUUAAAUGAAUAGUGGGAUGAGCUGAGGUGGUGGCAGGAGUGGGGGUGGGGGUGCAGGAUGCAGGAGCCUCAGCAACACCAGCUAAGGAGCCAUGGACCUCUGGCAGCAGGGCUCCAAGGGGCUGGAGAAGCGCUGGCCUCGGGUGGGCUAAAGGAAAGUGCUAACUAUAGGGUGGAAGUCUGAACACAGAAAUGAGAGCAUUUCCUGUGCUUUGUAGAAAUCAGCUGACCCAGGAGCUCACCUGUCUGGAAAGUCACCUUCUGCGUAGACUGGCCAUGCUGCACUUAAAUCAGAAAUGAAAGCAGGCAGAUUUCAAUCAAAGCCAUCCCAGAGGUCUAGGAAUAAUGGCUUAGAGAAGUAAUUUAGCAAAAAAGUAAAAUAAACAGAUUUCUCUCCUUAAAAAAUAUACAUAUAUAGAGAGAAAGAUGAUAGAUAGACAGACAGAUGAUAAAGUAUAUGCUGAACAGAUGGUGAGGAUCAUAAUACAUGUUUUCAAUCCAUGUUUCAUUUUAUAAGAGCAGUUAUUCUUCUGCAUCAAGCUAAUUUUUGUAAUGUAAAAAUUGCCCUUUGAUCUUCCUCUGAAGCAUGCCCCACAUUCUGAAAACUCAGAUCCAGGCUUCAACUCGGUUUCUUAAAUUAUUGUGUUUGUGAAGACACAUCAGAAGAGAUCAUACCGAAAAUCCGUUUUAGAGCUGCAGCUUUUCCUUGUUUUUACAGUUGAUUAGAAUUCAAAAAGCUAGAGGAGUGGGUUCAGACCAGCCACCCUUCUUUCACAUUAAAGAAGAAAAAAUCAUGUGGCUCACCAUGUGUUUUAUUUUUCUAGAUCUCUUAUGACUUAUUCGGGUUGGUUCUCAUUUUCUGUAUGUUCACCCAUAAUAGAUGCUCUGCUGCAAUAUCCACUAUUAAACAAAUGUGAGGAAAGAUGUCA